UCUCUCACUUUACCCACUGACGUUCUCCCCUGAAAGAUGCACGUGCCGUGUGCAAAGCCACGGUAUGACUAGGACGAGCUCGGGGCGUCAAGAGCCAUUCGAAUCCAGUAUUAGUGCGGUGCAGAGUGUAACAAGGUGCUUCUACGCUGAUACAUUUAAUAUUAAAGAGCCAUUGUAUUAUUAUCAAUUGUUUUGAGUAUACCUAGUGUAUAAACAAACAUGCCUUUCAAGCCGGUAGAGCACCCAAAAUGCCCCAAGUGCGGCAAGUCAGUGUACGCCGCUGAGGAACGCGUUGCUGGAGGACUCAAGUGGCACAAAAUGUGCUUCAAGUGUGGACUCUGCAGCAAGCUUCUCGACUCAACAAACUGCUCUGAGCACGAGGGUGAGCUGUUCUGCAAAGUCUGUCACGCCCGGAAAUUCGGCCCCAAGGGUUACGGUUUUGGUGGUGGCGCAGGCUGCCUGUCCAUGGACCAGGGCGAGCACCUGCAGAGAGAUGGAGAAUAUAGAGGAUCCAACGCAGUUAUGGAGCCCCGUGCGAUCGCCAAGGCACCCGAUGGCGAGGGUUGCCCAAGAUGCGGUGGCUACGUCUACGCCGCUGAGCAGAUGCUCGCAAGAGGCAGACCAUGGCACAGGGAAUGCUUUAAAUGUGGCUUCUGCUCCAAGAGAUUAGACUCCGUCAACUGCUGCGAGGGCCCGGACAAGGACAUUUACUGCAAAGUUUGCUAUGCCAAGAAGUUCGGACCAAAGGGUUAUGGCUAUGGUCAGGGCGGUGGUGCCCUGCAGAGUGACUGCUACGCCAAUGGCGAUGCUGCUCCAAAGACAACGGUGAUCGAUACGGCAGCGAUUCAGGCACCCCCCGGCAAGGGUUGCCCCCGCUGCGGGGGAGUUGUCUUCGCCGCUGAGCAAGUACUGGCUAAGAGCCGCGAGUGGCACAGAAAGUGCUUCAAGUGUCGCGAUUGCACCAAGACACUUGACUCGAUAAUAGCGUGCGACGGACCGGACAAGGACGUCUACUGCAAAACCUGCUACGGAAAGAAAUGGGGCCCCCACGGUUACGGUUUCGCUUGCGGCUCUGGAUUCCUCCAGACCGAUGGACUCACGGAAGAUCAAAUAUCGUCGUCGAGGCCAUUCUACAAUCCCGACACGACGUCUAUCAAGGCACCAGCCGGUCAGGGCUGCCCGCGCUGCGGCGGAAUGGUGUUUGCUGCUGAACAACAGCUUGCCAAAGGCACAAUGUGGCACAAAAAGUGCUUCAACUGUGCCGAAUGCCAUCGGCCACUCGAUUCAAUGCUCGCGUGCGAUGGACCCGAUAAGGAGAUCCACUGUCGUGCGUGCUACGGAAAGUUGUUUGGGCCCAAAGGCUUUGGAUUCGGACACACCCCAACUCUUGUUUCUACGGAUAGCGAGCAUGCACCAUCGUACAUCGAUUCUAAACCCCAAGUCGGCGCAAGAAGCACAGACGGCCACGGCUGUGCCCGCUGCGGUUACCCAGUAUACGCUGCCGAGCAGAUGAUCUCGAAGGACCGAUUAUGGCACAAGCGUUGCUUCAGCUGUGGUUCCUGCCACCGCUCCCUGGACUCGACGAAUCUCAAUGACGCACCCGACGGUGAUAUCUACUGUCGCGGUUGCUACGGAAGAAACUUUGGACCACGUGGAGUUGGCUUCGGCCUUGGAGCCGGUACCCUAUCGAUGGCUUAGAUAUUCCCAACAAUUAAACCUCUCCAUUCAUCCUCUUUAAUCCUCUAAUCCACACCCUUCCCCCUUAAUUUCAUCACUUUACUCCUAUUCUUUUACUUUUCUUCUUGAGUUUGAGUGAAAGAAUCUGCCACGUGGAGAGUAGACAUCGAUGAACGAAGUAAAUUCGUUGAAUGAACUCGCUGUGCACCGUGGAUUCGAGAGCGAGACGAAUUUAAUGCGAAUCGAUUUAAGGAAAAACAAAUAACGUAAAGAUUUCAUCUUAAGUUAUCAUAUGAAUCAUUAUCUUUUAUCAAUUAAGAUUUAAUUUACGAAAUGAUAAUGCAGGUGAGGUCAUUCUGUCGCAGUGGGAGAGGACAGUACUUUCUCACUGCGGCAGAUUGAUAACAACUUGUGAAUAAGAAGCACGAACGAAACGCCUGAAUGAAGGAGGUAACGAUCAUAUUAUUUUUUACAACUGUCAACAAACACUGGUCGUCUCUCUGAGUCAACGAGCUGUCCGCAAUGUUUCUUGCUCUAUUGCCGGGUGAAAUUCUUUAAUUACGUCUGGUAGAACAUUGUUGCUUCUCGUCCGGAUGCUGACACCAACGAAUUAACAAUAAUUACGCUCCGUUGUCAUCAGGUCGGGGCAAAUAAUCGUGUAACAACGACGACGAUGAUAGAUUAUUUUCAAUAAAUAUCGUUAAAAACAAAAGCAUUGGGCCCAUUGGAAUUAUUAAAUCUCUCCAUUCAUUCUAUUUAAUCCUCUAAUCCACACCCUUCCCCCUUAAUUUCAUCACUUUACUCCUAUUCUUUUACUUUUCUUCUUGAGUUUGAGUGAAAGAAUCUGCCACGUGGAGAGUAGACAUCGAUGAACGAAGUAAAUUCGUUGAAUGAACUCGCUGUGCACCGUGGAUUCGAGAGCGAGACGAAUUUAAUGCGAAUCGAUUUAAGGAAAAACAAAUAACGUAAAGAUUUCAUCUUAAGUUAUCAUAUGAAUCAUUAUCUUUUAUCAAUUAAGAUUUAAUUUACGAAAUGAUAAUGCAGGUGAGGUCAUUCUGUCGCAGUGGGAGAGGACAGUACUUUCUCACUGCGGCAGAUUGAUAACAACUUGUGAAUAAGAAGCACGAACGAAACGCCUGAAUGAAGGAGGUAACGAUCAUAUUAUUUUUUACAACUGUCAACAAACACUGGUCGUCUCUCUGAGUCAACGAGCUGUCCGCAAUGUUUCUUGCUCUAUUGCCGGGUGAAAUUCUUUAAUUACGUCUGGUAGAACAUUGUUGCUUCUCGUCCGGAUGCUGACACCAACGAAUUAACAAUAAUUACGCUCCGUUGUCAUCAGGUCGGGGCAAAUAAUCGUGUAACAACGACGACGAUGAUAGAUUAUUUUCAAUAAAUAUCGUUAAAAACAAAA